AUGAAAUCUCAGGAUCGCGUCCCCCGAGCCUGCGAACACUGUCGGGCGCGCAAGAUCAAAUGCAACGGCGAGCAGCCCUGCAACGCUUGCCUGAAAGAUCCAUCACGAUGCACCUACCGAACAGGAUCCGUCCGCAAAAGAAAGCGUCGUCAGACGAAGGAUCAGCUUGCACGAGCUCCAGCGACUCUCUUGCCCGCUGCCACCCCCGUAUCAAUAGACUGGUCGCCCAGCACUCUACUAGAUGACCCGGUGCAUUACAAACGACAGCACGAGCUGCGCGCCGGCAUUGGAGUCUCAAACCCCAAGACAGGGAAUUUCCAGUUCCACGGGCCCUCGUCGGGAUUCACCUUUCUCCAACGCGUGUACCAGCGCAUCCAUCGGUCGUCCUCAUCGUCACGAGAGUCAGAAUCGCUCCUGGCGCGUCGGAGCUGUUCCGUCCCUGAUGGACUGCAGAAAUGGGGCAUGGAGCGGUUCAUGUUUUCUGCGGAGACGGACGGCGAUCUGCGUCGUAUGCAGUGGCAGACUGAGGCGUUUUUGCCGCGAGCGCUGGGGGAUAGAUUCAUCGAGGCGUAUUUCAAAAUUAUUCAUCCGCAGAUGUCGGUGCUGGUGUACUCGGAGAUCCGGGAUGCCUGGACGCAGAUGUGGGAGGUCCCGCAGAGUGAUCGCAAGUUGAAGAAUCAGGAGAUUCUGUUCAUGGUGCUGGCGCUGGGGGCGCGUGUCGUCAAUCUCAAGGAUAAAGAACCGGAGAACGUUGAGGGCUGGGCGGAGCAUUUCUCCAGUCGUGCUGCUGAAGGGCCGAUUUUUCUCCAGGAGCCGAGUGUCAAGGGGAUGCAUUUGAUGUUGUUAAAGGCCAUGUAUUCCCUCCAACUGAUGCGUCAAAACGACGCAUAUCUCUACUUGGGUCAUGCCACGCGCAUCGCCAUGGUGCUCGGUCUGCAUCGAUCCCAAGUCACUGAUGGACGAGAACUGCACAUGCAUCGUCUGCGACACACGUUCUGGACGGUUUUCAUCUUCGAGCGCAUCUCCUCCGUGGGUAUGGGACGACCCUCUGCGCUCUCCGAUAAUCAGAUCGACACCGCAUAUCCGGACGACUUCCCCUCGAGCUUCGACAACGACGACAUCUACCAGGCACCGUCGAUGGAAUGCGCCUGGGUACGAGCCAUGGCAGAGAUGGGCAAACUAGCAGACCGCAUCUCGGUCGACAUCUACUCCCCCGCCAGCAUCAAGGGCAUCACCGACCUGGCUGCGGUGAACCAGACCGUCCUGGAAUGCGACGCAGCUCUACAGCGCGUCAGCCGCUCCCUCCCCUCCUAUCUGCAUUUCUUCGACGAGUCCGUCCCCAUCGGGGAAGACUGGCAGGAAAUCCAACGCAUCAGUCUCGGCGUAAUCUACUACGUGCUACGCAUGCUGCUGUAUCGACCGGCAUUGGUCCUAACGACGUUUUUCUCUAGUCCAGCCGAGGCGCAACAGACCGCCGUCUGCGGCGUGGAUAUCCAAGCGAGCAUUGAUGCGUCAACGGCGGCCGCUCGAAACCUGGUGAAUCUCGCGCAUGACGUCUAUUUCCGUCGGUUCCCGGAUAUUCGAUACGACGGGGCGUUGGCGUCGUUUCUCGUCUCGGCGACCAUGACGAUGCUGUAUGAUGUGUUGAAUUUGGGGACGGAGCCUGACCGGGCCAGACAGACUUUUGCUGUCGUGGAGAAGGGAAUCCGGUGCUUGGACGAGAUCGAACAUGCUGGAUAUACCACCGGCAAGGCGCUGAGUAUGGACUUGAUGAAGGUGGCGAAGCAGGCUGUUCAGGCGGCGGAUCCGGUUGUUGAUACGAAUCAGGUCUUGGUGGAUUCGUUUCCGUGGCUUGACAAUUGGACCGAUCAGCCGUAUCUGUUCCAGGACUCAGGAAUAGGCACCCUAGCGGCAGACGCGGCGAUGUUGAUGGGAGAGGUGAAUUGUCUUUGGUUGAACAAUGGGUUUGAAAGCAUCCCGGGGUGUUUAUAUUAA